AUGGCAAGUCCCUGGAUGUCGAGCGAAGCCAUCAAUGGGAUAUAUAUCCCUUCCGCCCUUCUGAUCUGCGGCACUGCCAUUGUGAAGAAGGAAUGGCUUCCUUACGCGGCGGCUCUUGCGGUGAUACUGUCGGGCUGGCAGGUGUUUAGCAACAGACAAAGGAAAGUUCUCAACCCCAACGAAUUCCAAAACUUCGUUUUGAAAGAGAAAACCAUUGUCUCUCACAAUGUCGCCAUCUAUCGUUUUGCCCUUCCGCGGCCCACAGAUAUCCUCGGCUUACCCAUUGGCCAACACAUUUCUCUCGCCGCGACAAUUGAAGGCCAGACGAAGGAGAUUAUGCGAUCCUAUACCCCCAUUUCCUCGGAUCAGGAAACCGGCUACUUCGACCUUCUCGUCAAGGCAUAUCCUCAGGGGAACAUCUCUAAGCACCUUGCUGGCUUGCGCAUCGGGCAGACCAUGAAGGUUCGGGGUCCCAAGGGUGCCAUGGUUUACACUCCCAAUAUGGCUAAAAAGAUUGGUAUGAUCGCUGGUGGUACGGGCAUCACCCCGAUGCUUCAGAUCAUCAAGGCUAUUAUCCGAGGACGACAGCGGAAUGGAGGCAAUGACACUACACAGGUUGAUCUCAUCUUUGCCAACGUUAACCCGGACGACAUCCUCCUUAGGGAAGAAUUGGAUCAGAUUGCCAAGGAGGACGAUGGAUUCCGCAUCUACUACGUCUUGAACAACCCUCCAGCGGGCUGGGAAGGUGGUGUUGGCUUUGUUACUCCCGAUAUGAUCAAGGCCAAACUGCCCGCACCCGCACCCGAUACGAAAAUUUUGAUUUGCGGACCCCCUCCUAUGGUCAGUGCGAUGAAGAAAGCCACCGAGUCCCUUGGAUUCAAGAAGGCCGGGCUUGUGAGCAAGCUGGAUGACCAGGUCUUUUGCUUCUAG